AUGAUAAAUAUUACGGGUGAUGAGUUAAUACAACAAGCCGGCCAGGUCACCAGAUCUGAAUACGAAGAACUGUUGACCGAAUUCUUUGCGGCAAUUCCCUAUCAGAACGAUCUUCCUGAGAUUGACCCGUCCGUGGAGGAGGAGAUCGCACGCCAUUGUCUCAACACUGAGCUCACCGAAAAGAGAGCAAAAGCGUGCUCAAAUGUUGGUGCCGGGGCAGCAGAGUGGUUUUAUCCAACACACAAGAGAGAAACCAGAGUUGCUAUUGGCAUAUAUACUGCUCUCUGUGUCGCUGUCGAUGAUUUCUGUGGCGAACACCUCCAGGAAGUUCAAAACUUUCGGCUCAACAUGGUGGCUAGGAAACCACAAGUAAAGUUUCUCGAGGCCUUAAGCAGACUUUUGUCUUCAUUGGAUGAGCAUUACGAACCUUUUUGUUCCGAUAAGAUCAUUACAACCUCAAUUAAUUAUAUGGGGGCUUGUGUCUUGGAACAUCACACGACGGGGAAGUUCGAGGCCUUGAAGACAGCUUCUAUGUUUCCUCAUUACUUGCGACUGAUGACUGGCAUUCCUGAGGCUUACGUGUUUUUCAUUUUGCAUAAGCAUAUUUACAAUUUGGAUUCAUUGACGCCUUUUAUCCAAGCUUUGCCAGACCUUGUGGAGUUCACUAAUGGCAUCAAUGAUUUGUUGUCCUUUUACAAGGAGUCUAUCGUGGGAGUUGAAAGGAACAACUAUGUGUACCUUCAAGCCAUGGCGCAACAGGAUACCGCGCUAAGCGUGUUGCACAAGAUUGCCGGGGACGUCCAGGAUUAUAUCAGGAAAGUGAAAUCAACACUUGAAGCCAACGGUGACUUGUUAGAAGUGGUGGAUGCAUAUAUUAAAGGCAACAUUGUCUUUCACAUACGUCUGGCUCGUUACAGGCUUUCCGAACUUUCCAUUCCUUCGCUGGCAAUGCCGAUUAAUUGA